ACAAGCAGCAAGAUUGUUACCUGAACUUCUGGUGCUCAGGGUACUUAAAUUAUACUAAAAGCCUUGAAACGGUCCAGAAGCAGGAGGACACAAAGGUGGCUUAGAGCCAGCACAGCCCCGUCCUUAAGACAUACAGCAAGCAGAAAUUGUGAGAGGUGGGUAGGAGGAAGGGAAGAAAAAGGGAAAAAAAAAAAAAAGAUGAGUUGAUUGACUAGCAGAGGAAAAAAAAAAAAACAUCAUAAAGGUCAAAGCUAAGACUGUAGAUGUGAGAGGCAAAUGGCAGAAAGCUUCACUUCUUGCAACAUUUGCCAUGAAUCUUAAGGGGACACCGUGCAGCUGAAUCGGAGCGGACUCUUGUCAGGAGCACUGAAUGGAAACCAAUCAGAUAGAGAGCCCCCUCGGCUUGGGCUGCCUGCAUGCUGGAGUUAAAAAGUGCUGCCGGCCGAGCGGGAGCCCCAGUGCGAGGCGGGGAGGCUGAGCGGCGGGGCCGAGGAAGGGGCCGGGGAGCCGGGGAAGAGCCGCCGCGCCGGGCGAGGCUCGGCCCCGUCGUGCCUGCUUUGCCGAGAUCCUCUGAGACUGCAAAGACUAUUUAAGGAAGGAAGACGGCAUGAGAUUGGAUUCAAUGCAGUAAAGUAGGUUAGUUUGAGGACAAGACAAAAAGUCGUUAUUUAGACCCCCUUGUGUUGCCGUGAUGAGAACUUACCAUUGCUUCUGGCUGCUGUUUUGGGCUGGUCAGCCCCACCAAAGUUUCUUAACUCCAUUAUCCAAAAGGACUAGUGGCUUUCCAGAAAAGGAAAAGGUUUUGGUAUUGUCUGGAAACAGCAGGCGAGACCUCCAUCGUUCCAAAAGGAGCUGGAUGUGGAAUCAGUUCUUUUUAUUGGAGGAAUACACAGGAACUGACUACCAAUAUGUUGGCAAGCUGCAUUCAGACCAGGAUAAAGGAGAUGGAUCACUUAAGUACAUCCUUUCUGGAGAUGGAGCAGGAGACCUCUUCAUUAUCAAUGAAAACACUGGUGACAUCCAGGCCACAAAGAGACUAGACAGAGAAGAAAAGCCUGUAUACAUACUCCGUGCCCAGGCUAUAAACAGAAGGACUGGAAGACCAGUGGAACCAGAAUCUGAGUUCAUCAUUAAGAUCCAUGAUAUCAAUGACAAUGAGCCAAUGUUUACAAAGGACGUUUACAAUGCCAGCAUUCCCGAAAUGUCAGAUGUUGGUACCUUUGUUGUGCAAGUCACCGCAACUGAUGCCGAUGAUCCUACAUACGGGAACAGUGCUAAAGUUGUCUACAGUAUUCUCCAGGGACAACCAUAUUUCUCCGUCGAAUCUGAGACAGGCAUUAUUAAAACUGCUUUGCUAAACAUGGACCGUGAAAACAGGGAGCAAUACCAAGUGGUCAUCCAGGCUAAGGACAUGGGAGGCCAGAUGGGUGGAUUAUCAGGAACCACCACCGUGAACAUCACACUGACUGACGUAAACGACAAUCCGCCUCGCUUCCCCCAGAGCACAUACCAGUUCAGAGCUCCUGAGUCUACGCCACCUGACUCACCAGUUGGCAGGAUAAAAGCUAAUGAUGCUGACGUGGAUGAAAAUGCAGAGAUUGAAUACAGCAUCACUGAGGGGGAUGGAUAUGACAUGUUUGGAAUUACCACAGACAAGGACACACAGGAAGGAAUUAUAACUGUCAAAAAGGCAUUGGAUUUCGAAAAUAAAAACCUGUAUAUUCUGAAAGUGGAAGCUACCAAUACUCACGUGGACCCUCGAUUCCUCUACCUGGGCCCAUUCAAGGACUCAGCUACAGUCAGAAUUCAGGUGGAGGAUGUAGAUGAACCCCCUGUGUUCAGCAGACCAGCAUACAUAAUGGAGGUGAAAGAAGAUGUUCCAAUAAACAGUGUGAUAGGAACAGUAACUGCUCAGGAUCCAGAUGCUGCCAAGAACCCUGUCAAGUACUCUGUAGAUCGACACACUGAUAUGGACAGAGUAUUCAACAUCAAUUCAGGAAAUGGUUCGAUAUUUACUUCAAAACCCCUUGACCGGGAAACACUGCUAUGGCACAACAUUACAGUAAUAGCAGCAGAGAUCAACAACCCAAAACAAAGCAGCCGUGUCCCAGUGUUCAUUAAGGUUUUGGAUGUAAAUGACAAUGCUCCAGAGUUUGCCAUGUUUUAUGAGACCUUCGUCUGUGAAAAUGCAAAGGCAGAACAGCUGAUACAAACAUUAAGUGCUGUUGAUAAAGAUGACUCUUACAGUGGACAUCAGUUUUCAUUCUCCUUAGCUCCCGAGGCAGCCAGCAGCUCAAACUUUACACUACAGGACAACAGAGACAACACAGCAGGGAUUUUCACCCGAAAAACCAGAUACAACCGGCAUGAAAUGAGUACCUACUUCUUGCCAGUGGUAAUAUCAGACAAUGACUAUCCUAUCCAGAGCAGCACUGAAACGGUGACUAUUCGAGUAUGUGCUUGUGACCAUCGAGGAAAGAUGCUGUCCUGUAAUGCAGAAGCCUUGAUUCAUCCUACUGGUCUUAGCACUGGGGCUCUUAUUGCCAUUCUUCUCUGUAUCAUUAUAUUACUUGUUACAGUGGUGCUGUUUACAGCACUGAGACGGCAGCGGAAAAAAGAGCCUUUGAUUAUUUCCAAAGAAGACAUCAGAGACAACAUUGUCAGUUAUAACGAUGAAGGUGGUGGAGAGGAAGACACCCAGGCAUUUGAUAUCGGCACGCUGAGGAAUCCCGAAGCCAUAGACGAUAAUAAAUUACGCAGAGACAUUGUGCCCGAAACACUUUUUAUGCCACGGCGGACUGCAACAGCGCGAGAUAACACGGAUGUCAGAGAUUUCAUUAACCAAAGGUUAAAGGAAAAUGAUACAGACCCAACGGCACCCCCGUAUGACUCGUUAGCAACCUACGCGUACGAAGGUAAUGGUUCUGUGGCCGAGUCCCUCAGCUCCUUGGAGUCGGUGACUACGGACGGAGAUCAGGACUACGAUUACCUCAGUGACUGGGGGCCUCGGUUUAAAAAGCUGGCAGAUAUGUAUGGCGCAAUGGACAGUGACAAAGACUCUUAAUAUGUUGCCUUUUUUUUUUUUCUUUUUUGUUUCCCUUCCUCAUUUUCAGAAACAGCAUUAAGAUAUGUGAAGUGGCUAUUUCUUUCUAUUUCUCCACAGCUGUGUGAAGGGGUUCUCUGUUCUACCCGUUCAAAUUGUCUAAUGACUGCAGUCUGCGUGGCUCAGCCAUCAGAAAACUUUUUCUAGCAUCAUUUUAUGAGCUUCCAAGAGGCAAAAUUCUUAUUUUUUAGUGCAUCCAGUUUACCAAGCCAAUCUUACAGGCACGGCAGUAGUGGAGGGGGGAAAAAAAAGGAUCAGAUGGGGAGCAAUAUUUUUACUUGUUCUGCUUAUAUUGUAAAUUGGAGUAUAUUACUGUUUAAGCUCACUUGCUCUUUUUACUUGUAUUUGGACUAUUCAGCUCAGACAACUGCUCUGCCGAUUGUGUAUUGCACAUCCCAAUGUAAUGAGGUACCCUAGUUUACCCUAUGUAUUAUAGUCAAAAGUAGUGGUGAUGGAAUGGAGGUUUAUUAUACAAGUAGAGUAAGCUGAGAAAAAACAUCAAACAUGUAUUUUACUCACGAGGAGGGUAGAAAGGCCAAUGGUCAUUUAAACCUAAGUGUUUUUCUAGAACUCACCAUUGCCCCCAAUGCACUGAAUCAUACUAACAUACAUAUAUAUAUAGUUCAUUGACUGCUAUGUAUAUAUUCUUCUGACCUAGCAUUGCUGGAGAGAUGCGUGUGCGUGCAUGUGCGUGUGGUCAGUAGCCCCAAUAUCCAAUUCUUAGAUGGUUUCCCAGUUCUAACCCAGACUUGCCUUGUGAUAUGGGGAAAGUCAUCUAAUCCAACGCCAGAUUAGAUCGUGACUUGGAGGAAGUAGCGGAUCAUAACUGUGCUUUUCUUUGUACUUCUCCAGUCGGCCUCCCCCUGCACAUCAGUUCAGUGACGGCCACUGCACCGGGGAGGUGGGAGUCAGGCUUUUCCUAGCCAUCCACUUCUGCCUGUUCUCAUGUGCAGGAGGGGAGCAGUAGCCUCAAGGGGACUGCCACCCACUGGGGCAAGAGGAGCAACUGCAAAGGAGGAAAGAGUGCUUCUUUUGUCCUGACCUUCCCUGCCUGGAUGCCCAGGGUGGCUUCCCGACUGACUCUCUGCCCAGUUUCGCUAUCUGUAAAGUGGGGAAAUAAUGCCUACCUCAUCAGGAUGUUGCAAGAAUUAUCUAAGUCAUUUGGAAAAUGCUUUAGAGAUGGAAAAUGCUGGCAUUCUGCCAGAGGAACUAGUUUCUCGUGUUUCAGGUGUUUGUUUUCUCCCCCCGCCCCGAUUCAAGCCCUGAAUGCACAAGUAAGCAAGAAUCAAUUGUCAUUCCAGUGGCCUGAAAAGUAGGGUUUAUAACUAUAACUCAUUUUUAAAAAUAAAUUACUGGGCCAGGGUUGUUAAAGACUUCACCAAAAGGUAGAAUUUUAAUCACAAGUCUCUCUGUGUGUGUUUAUCUGCUUUGCCAAGCUAAGUAAUUUUUGUCCGGGGUAGAGAGGGGGAAGAUGCCAUAGUCUCAGGCCAAAACAAUUUUCUUUAUAGCUUGUGCACCACUAAGUAUUUCUGUUGGAUUGUCAAACGCAUGCAGUUGCUGCUCUUCAAAUCCAGCCAGCUAGGAGAGGCUAUCUGGAGAAAACCCUAAGGCACUGCCAUGGGACAUAUCCAAUUCCAGCAGCUAAAAGCCACCCUGUAUGCCAAAGCAGGGACACAGCCCAUGGCACUGUGCCAAGGAAAGAAGGAAUUUUUUUUUUUUUUUUAAGUAUACCUCUUACGUAACUAAUCUCAUUUAUUUCAUUUUGAAACAAUAUUUAAUACCAGAAUUACAAGCAUGCAUCUACUUUCCCCCUCCCCCGAAUCUAAAGUGAAUCAGUUUGAAAACUAAACAGCAGCUCCAAUUUACUCUAAAAAUAAAGAGAAAAGGGAAAAAAGUUAAGAAACAGAAAAUUAAAAGGGAUGAAAAAUUAAUCCCUAGAAUUCAUUACUCCUAGAGAGUUAAAGAGAGCAGUAAGGUUCCCGAGCAUUAGACUUUUACAAGCACGAUGACAUAAUGUCACGUCUUGCGACCCAGCUCACAGUGAGGAGCAUGAGCCAGCCACACUGCGGUGCCCGGCUGGGACUGGGAAGGACUCCUUUGCGGUGGGGAGCACAUUUAUAGGUUUAGGGCAAGGCAGCUAACGGCUUGCAGAAGCCCAGCAUGAUAGAUUAGAUGGGUUUUCAGAGUGGAGGGGCCCAGAGUUUCAACGGGUCCCGAGCCCCCGGUCUCCCUGACGGAGACCUCUCCCGGUGCUUCACUCCAGCAGAGCGAGGUGCCCAGCUCCAUCGCUUAGGGGGGCUGAGCCUGUCGCACCCGUCACGGUGGCAAUGGCACGACUAGGCCCUUAUUAUGCCCUUCGGAGGGCACCCCAGUCAUUUAAGAUUAUAAAAGCCUCUGAAAGUCUAGCCCUUCACAGCUUCCUUGCGAUCAGAGGAACCAGGAGGCGAACUGUCCGAAGCCUGGCUCUGGCACACAGGAGUGACCAUCUGGGUUUCAGCCACGCGGAGGAGCGGCAGAUGCUCAGCAUCACCCGUCACAGGUCCCUCACGGCGGGCUGCUCUCCUCAUAGUCGGUGGAGGCAGAAUAUCCCUCGGGGGCUCUUCCAAACGGCUCCCAAACACACGCCUGCGUCUCACCCUUCGCUGCGCGGGGUUGCCUCGAGCAGGUCGCCUCAACCUCAGAGUCCGGCUGGACGCCCAAAGCGAGCCGGCGAACCGUCCCUUCCCCUCCUCAGGCCGCGAGGAACAGGUCGGCGUGCGGAGGGGACGGCAGAGGCGGCCGCGGAACCGCACGCGUGUUUAGCCCCGCGAGCUGCUCGCGGGGAAGAGGGACUUAGCGCCGCUCGGCUGAAGCCAGACCUUGCACCCUGAAAGGGCUGGGCCACCCUGCAGGUAAACCUGCAUUAGGCACUCUUUGGGGUGGAAUAACAAGACAGGAGGAUCGCUGAUCUCCUUGUAACUACGUUCCUAUGGUUGUACAGUGAUUUUGUCCGAUUUAGUGGUUGUUAGUAGCAGUCCAAGCGCAAGGGGCUUUUUUGUUUUUCUUUUUUUUUUCUUUUAAUUGAAAACUGGUUUUUUCUUGUCCAUUGAGUGACACAGUAAAUAAUAGAGAGUGGCUACUCGUGCCUGUUGUGUAUAUAUAUUAUAUAUAAAAUUAUGUUAUGUCACCACAAAUAGGGUGCCUGAAUAGCAAAUGGAUUCUUCUAGGAAAAUUCAAGGCAAACUUGCAUCUGAAUUAUUAUUCAUCCAUCUAGGUUUUAAGGUCUAGUUUCUCCUGCAAAUUAGACAGAUUUAGCAUCUCUCACACAGAAGAAGAGUUCAAUUCUGUCUUUUCUUCUUGCUUGGCAGUACCACAAAGUGCAAUUUAUAAAAUCAGUACUGCAUAUUAAAUAUUGAAAGUGCCAUAUUGCAGUGAAUACAAAACUUUGCAGUAGUAUUUCUUUGCACUUUGUUGCAUGCCGGCGUGCUAGAUGAUAGAACCGAGUAUUUAACAAUGCUAGAAUUGUCACUUAUAGAUAAACAAGUGUUAGACUAUGGGCUAUGAAGUGGGUUUCAAGGCUGUUUUAAGCCUGCUUUUCUUAAAACCACACGUAUUUGAGAAGAAAUAUUAUUAUGAAGUUUAGCUAAGCCAGGUAGAGAGAUGAGCAAUGCGGUUGGCUUUUAAUUUGUAAAAACAUCUGAUCUAACAACAGGGGACCUAUUAAAAGAUACCAAGGAACUCAGUGGAGUUAACAUGAAACAGGGGCAUGUUUACAUGGGAGACUUUUCCAGCCUUGCUACUGCAGAACAAUAACAUCUCUACACUUGAAAUGGAAUAAGGUUUCUAGUAUAGCUAUUUCAUCCCAGCUCCCAAACCAGCCAUUUUAUUCCAGAAAAAUGAUUUUUUUACUCCAGAAAAAUUAUUAUUUCAGGUUAAAACUGAUUCUGUCUCACAGCAGCACCAGUAUGGGGAGACACGGCAGCACAUACCUCCAAUGCAGUCGUGCCAGGACAUCUCUCUGUGUAGACAAGCACUUGGAAGAGAGCUGCGGCAGAAACAUGCAGUGAGCUCCAGACAAGGGAAUUUGGGUGUUUCCACAGGGCUUUACCAACAGUACCACACGACUGGGAUGUGUUCCCACACCUGACAUAGACGGAGAUGUGUCUAACCAUGAGAAAAACAAGUUGUCUGUGUUUUCUACUUAUCACUGGUUAAAAAAAAAAAAAUGCUGGGAAAGAUUCUGAGUACAACACUUCACCUGUACCAACAGCAGUAUUCUCUAAAUUUGUCCUAAGAAACAGAUAUAUUUUUCUGACUUUUUUUAUUUUGUUAGUUGUCAGGUCUUACUUCAUUCUAUGGACAGGUAUUUCCUGGCUGUUAAAUGUGAAUGGGAGAGGCAACCUUCAAACAAUCCAGUUUUGGAAGUAGCAGGCUCCAUUACAAGGCACAACAUUUCCAUUUCUCUGUCACAAAAACAAAAAAAUCCCACAAAAAUAAACUAACUGAGUAUCUGUAGUACCAUAAAAAGCAGAACGGUCAUAAAGAAGUAGAGCAGGGAGAAAUGGCUUUGGGCAUGCGUGUCUGCACACGUACAGUAUGAAUAAAAAGAAGGGAAUAAUGCACAUUGGAAGCCGGCCAUGUUUCAAACCCAGAUUUAUCCAUGUUGAGGAGGGCCAAUGGUGCACAGUCACUUCUAACACUUUCACGCUUCCUACAUCAGCCAGAGGGAGAUUUGCAUGGAUAGAGAGACAGACAUCAUCUUUUUCAGACCAAGCAAAUUAAAUCCAGGCCAUUCCAUGCAGCUCUCUAGGAAAGAAAGUCCCUUUGUCAUGAUUAUUAUUAAAACAUGUUAAAUUUCUGCAGCAGAUCUAUCUUGAUGGCCUUCUGCAGGGUGAAUUAUGGACAGCGAUUCUGAGCAGGUAACUCUCUGCGAACACCACUGUGUUAGCUCUUCCUGCCACCAUCUGUUUUAAAUCCCUCCACAUUUCCUUUGGUUGUAAGUAGUAUUGAAGUGUUUCAGAAGACCACUGUCCCAACUGGAUGCUGCCAUUCCCUGCCCAUUUGUGUUUCAAUUAAACACUGCAGGCUGAGUUCCCUUAUUAAAUGAGAGCUGUCAAAUUAACAGUCAUUACGCUGCUUCCAAUGAGUAUGAACUAAGUCAUUAAGUUGUGAAAGGCAGGGUUUUCUUCUAACCCCUCCAGACCUGUGAACAGCAGCCUCCUCCAAUAAAUAUCAAAGCUACAACAGGUUUUGGGUUUUUUUUUCAGUUUAGUCUUCAGAAAGACUUGUUUUCUUAGAGAUUGUUUCUGUACUUAAAGAGGAACAAAAGCAUAUUUAAUGUCUACGGCCUCAUGCAUUGCUCCAGAGGGAGGGCAAAAACCACAGCAGCCAAUGCAAUGUUUUUAAUGUCAGUCUCUCCCCUCAGUAGUUUUAUUUAGGUACAGCUGAAACAACCUUGAUCCUGCCCAUCACUUGGCGAUAUUACACUUUUCAGCCCAGACCUGCGUUUGUCAUACACUGAACACUUUCCCAAACCGUUCAUUAAAUUCAGCAGUGGAUAUGCAAAAGCCAUGGCUGGGGUUACAGGGAGUACAAGAGUCAGAGAACUGGGAGUUUCAGGAGGAAGAACAGAAAGUGGAUUGCAUGGGGGGUUGGGGGGAGGUAAUCACUCAUAUGCAAGGCAGGCCCGUGGCACUUAAAAGCCACAAAGCUGUCAUAUUAUGCAUAGAAUUACUGGAUUUCAAAUGAGUUCUUACAGAACCUGCUCUUUUUUUUUUUUUUUUUGCAUGUGUCUUUUGCUUUCUUUAAAAAAAAAAAAAAAAAGGAGCUGCUAACUUCAAAUUUCUCCUUCCACAAAGUCAAUUCGACAAAUAAAUCUUAAGUCCAGCAUACAGAGAAAUUCUUUCCAAUCCCAUGGGCUUUUGACCUUACCUAUGAGACUGCACUAUUUAUGUAAAUAUACCUGGAGACACUUUCUAUAAGCUUUUAGUUUUCUAUGAUCUAUUACUUUAGUGUUUAUUAAAGAAACAAAUGUAUAGAAUUAUUAAGCAUUCAGGUGAACACAACAAAGAAACGACACUGCAAACACAAAAUUGUUCUGGAUUUUGACACAUAAAAAAACUCUUCAGAAUCACUGUACUGUUUUAAUUCUGUGAUUACUUUCAUUGCUUUGAAAAAUUAAACUUAAAAGAAAGGCCUUAUAAUAAAUGCUAUGUGCAUCUUAACUGUGUUACUGAGCGAAAUCAAUCUGGCAAACUCCUAUUGCGAUUUGUGAUUUUUAAACCCUUAAAAUAAAUGCUUUUCGGUAUUGAUUUUUUUUGAUUAAAAAUACUUCCAAGCAUAAAUUGAAACUGAUGCCGCCGCCUGGGAAGAUUUACUUGCUGGCACGCUCCAGCCACACAGUCUCUCGCGAUGUCAUCCCCUGGUUAUGCCAAGGGAGCCUCAGCAUCGGACAGAUCCGGUCACUGCUCAGCACAGAGGGACAUUUGCGGGCAGUAAGAUUUUUGUCACCCAAGAGAUUUACACCUAGAAGCUUCCCUGUGUUGCAAAGGGACCCAUGCUGGAAUGAUUCUCUCUUCUGCAGCGUGGAUGGGCAAUUUGUUAUGGUCAGAUGGCAAGUGUGCACUCUUCUCCCUUAUAUUUCCUGUUCACUGUACUGGCUUCUUUUUUGGGGGUGGGGGGCAGGGGGGAAAGAAAUUUAAGGAUUUAAUGAGAAACCAAUUUGAACAACAAUUUCUCACAGACAGAGUGAAUUUGCCUUUUUGCAAAUUGAUUUUUGUAACAAGUUAUUUAUAUGAUACUACUUAAUAAAUCGUUUUUUCUAA